AUGUUAGGAAAUCCGAUUGUUGCUUCCCUAUCCAUAUUCGGGAUUAUAAAGGCUAUUAGGCAGAAGAGAGAUUCCUCAUUACCAGAUGGAGUCGAAACGGAUUUAGAUUUAAGCGAUCUUACAAUGCCUUCUCAUUUACGUCGGUCAUCUAGCAUGCCAAGUGUAUCUGCUCCUGUUAUCGGACCGGUUUUAAAACAUUAUGAUUAUGACUCAAGAUUGAACCGACUCCAAAAACGAUUUCUUCGCUUCACAUGGCAUCGUUUACAAACUAAGAAUGGUGGAAAACGAGUCGAAAAUGUUUUCGAAGAGGUGUAUGAGCGUCUUCUAAGGCAGUUACCUGGAAUUUGGGAAAUGUUUACAACACGGACCUUUUUGUCCGCAAUGUCACACAGCGAAACGGCCACACCAAGAGAUCAUGCGAAGGAGACAGUGAAGUUGAUCGAUUAUGGGAUUAAAAAUCUUGAAGUAAGCGACGAAAAAAGGAAUGACACAGGAAGUGAUUACGAUCCUUUCUUACUCGGUAAAAUACAUGGUAAGCUUCGACCAUAUGGUUUCACAGGGAAUUACUGGGAGAAACUUGGUGAAAUUAUUGUUGAUGUGGUGCUGGGACAGGAAGCUGUUAGGGACUUACCUGGUGCUGGCCAUGCCUGGGUUAUAUUCACUGCAUGUCUUGUUGACCAGCUAAGGGCUGGAUUUGACGAAAGCAAGAGCGGUUUGACGCCAAUGACUGGAAUAUUCUCCCAGAAGUUUAUUUGUAAUACUGCCAGUUCGUACCAUGCAAACGAUCAUCAUCAACAUGCAUUUCUACCUGCUGAUACAGUUUGUCACUGCUACAUUAGUCAGUCGAAUCCGUCAGAAUAUGCUCCGACAGUGGCAUCGAAAGGAAGUGAAAACCCAACUUUUAAUUCGAGUAAGCCGCAGAAGAGUGGAGGACGAAAUUACCCCCUGCCUAUAGCAGAACAUGACAGGUCAACAUUUCGGAGUAGGCGGAGAAGUUCAGCACGUUUCGCGGUAAGAAAGAAACACUUCAAUGAUCAAUAUACCAGCAGUUACUCACCGCGGAAUUUGUCAUCCGUUUAUGAGGUUUCAUAUUUUUUCAAAUGA